AUGCUGAAAGCAUUUCUAACAGCAGCCCGCGGGCCUACGGUCUGCUUGGGUCGGUGUUUCAGUAGUGAAGUGAGUGGUGCAGUUUCCAAGUUAGCCGGGUUCUCCUCUCCACCAUUCUCAACGGAGGCUUCACUCUAUGUGCACGUGAGUAUUGGUAGACUACUCAAUGAGCAUCUCUCUAUCUCUCUUUCUUUCUGGUAUCUAUCCUUCUCUCAAAAGGCAAUGAAUGAAUGAGAGCCGAUUUCAACCAACACUUUGUCAGUCAAACUCAUUUGUGUCAUCCACCCCACAGUGGCCAUACUGUCUGGGGAGAUGCGCCUACUGCAGAGGAGGCUGGUGGGAGGUGCUAUAGGAGGACGGGCUCAUUAUAAUGGCUGGAAUGGAAUCAAUGGAAUGGUGCCAAACACAUGGGAACAACAUGUUUGACACAGUUCCAUUUGAUUCCAUUCCAGCCAUUACAAUGAGCCUGUCCUCCUAUAGCUCCUCCCCCCAGCCUCCUCUGUCUACUGUAACUUCAACAAUUGCAACCCUGACCCUGUCCCUAACCCUAACCCUAACCCUGAUCCUGACCCUGACCCUCUCCUGUUCAUAGUGGCCCUACUGUCUGAAGAGAUGCUCCUACUGUAACUUCAACAAGUACAUCCCUCGCUCUGACAACCAGGACGUCAUGUUGGAGUGUCUCCAGCGGGAGACCGAGACCUUACUAAAGCUCAGCCAGGUGUCCCGGUAGGUUUACCGUCUAAAUUCAACCCUCCUCUGUGUGCCAUCGCCUUUAGCUUUAGUGUCUCCAUGGGUGCAUCUGAAAUGGCACCCUAUUCCCUAUACAGUGCACUAUUUCCAGAGUGCCUGAGGCUGACUAUAUAGGGAAUAGGGUGCCAUUUCAGACUCACUCAGGCUGCUCCUCCACCUCCUGGAAUUCAACUCCAAGUCAAGAGUCUUAGCAUUUUUCUUCCUUCUAUUUUAACAUCUCUCUCUCUCUCUCUCUGUCCUCUCUCUCUCCCUGUCCUCUCUCUCCCCCUCCCUCCCUGUCUCUCUCCCCCUCCCUCCCUGUCUCUCUCCCCCACUCUCCCUGUCUCUCUCCCCCUCCCUCCGUCUCUCUCCCUCGCUCUCUGUCUCUCUCUCUCUCCCUCCCUCCCUGUCUCUCUCUCUCUCCCUCCCUCCCUGUCUCUCUCCCCCUCCCUCCCUGUCUCUCUCCCCCCUCCCUCCCUGUCUCUCUCCCCCUCCCUCCCUGUCUCUCUCUUCCUCCCUCCCUGUCUCUCUCUUCCUCCCUCCCUGUCUCUCUCUUCUCUCUCUCUCUCUCUCUCUCUCCGUCUCUCUCUCUCUCCCUGUCUCUCUCUCCCUGUCUCUCUUCUCUCUCUCGUCUUCAGUAUCACCUCCGUGUUUUUUGGAGGCGGGACUCCCAGCCUGGCCCACCCCGCCGCCAUUGCUGCGGUCCUGGAGACGGUUGCCAGACACGCUGGCCUAUCAGAGGAGGCGGAGGUCACUCUGGAGGUCAACCCCACCCCCAUAGGAAGCUCUAAGUUGGAGAACUUCCUCCAUGCUGGCGUCAACCGUUUUUCCAUCGGAGUGCAGGUGCAAUUAAGGCCGGUAUUCAGUCAGUUGCACAUAGUAGAUUUCCUGAAAGCAUUCUCAGAAGUGUUGAAUUACAUCCUUCUACUGUACAUAAUGGGAAUGGUCAGGCGGAGGCUAGCAACCCUAUCCCAUAAAACCUUUUCUGCUACGGAAACUGAAAGAAUAGAAAACAUUGUUAAUGUUGGAAAGAGGAGAAGGAGAGAGAAGGAGAGAGAAGGAGAGGAGAAGGAGAGGAGGAGGAGAAGAGAGGAGAAGGAGAGGAGGAGAAGGAGAAGGAAAGAAGGAGAGGAAAAGGAGAGGAGAAGGCCAGGAGGACAAGAGUGUGAUGCAGCCUUUAGAAUGAAGCAACACAGUCAGUCACUGAUCACUAGCUUUGUUCUGAACAGUCAGUCACUGAUCACUAGCUUUGUUCUGAAGAGUCAGUCACUGAUCACUGGCUUUGUUCUGAACAGUCAGUCACUGAUCACUAGCUUUGUUCUGAACAGUCAGUUACUGAUCACUAGCUUUGUUCUGAACAGUCAGUCAGUGAUCACUAGCUUUGUUCUGAACAGUCAGUCAGUGAUCACUAGCUUUGUUCUGAACAGUCAGUCACUGAUCACUAGCUUUGUUCUGAAGUCAGUCAGUCACUGAUCACUAGCUUUGUUCUGAAGUCAGUCAGUCACUGAUCACUAGCUUUGUUCUGAACAGUCAGUCACUGAUCACUAGCUUUGUUCUGAACAGUCAGUCAGUGAUCACUAGCUUUGUUCUGAACAGUCAGUCACUGAUCACUAGCUUUGUUCUGAACAGUCAGUUACUGAUCACUAGCUUUGUUCUGAGAACCAAGUGUCCUUUUCAUAUGUGGAACUGGGGAGCUGAAGGAGAGCUUUGGGAAACACUGUUCUAACAUGUCUCUCAUAUGUCUGCUUCUUUUCAACCAACAGUCUCUCCGGGACGACGACCUGAAGGUUCUGGGGAGAGACCAUAACACUCAGCAUGCUUUACAGACCGUAGCGGAGGCUCGGAGGCUCUGCCCGGGCAGGGUGUCGGUCGACGUCAUGUUCGGACGUCCUGGUCAGAGCGUUGCAUCCUGGGAGUUGGAAUUGGAUGAGCUGCUGUCGGUGUGUGAUGACCACGUCUCCCUGUACCAGCUGACCCUGGAGAGAGGCAUGUCUUUUCUUACAAACACUGAUUGUUUUUUUUGUGCGUGAGUAUUUAGAAGUUUAAUGUACAGAUCAGAACAUGAGAUGGGGAGAUGGAGGAGAGGAUACAUGAGAGGAAGUAGCAGGAACUCUACCACUACACUGCCCCCAGCAGACUGAACCUGCAGAUAUUCUGAAGAAGGUUUUUACUUGCAGUGACUGUGAUAUGUGGUUGUUUUUACUUACCGUAGUUGAAUUAGUAGCUGUUGUGAUUGUAACAGCUAAUAGGUAUCCAAAUGAAUAUAUGCACUGACUGUAAGUCACUCUGGAUAAGAGCUUCUGCUGCUAAAUGACUCCAAUGUAAACAUGUCAACUGCAGGCACACAGCUCUUCAGCCAGGUUCAGAAAGGCCAACUGAGCGUGCCCAGUGAUGACAUCACAGCUGUCAUGUAUGAAUCUGCCAGGAGGAUUCUUCAGAAUAGAGGCUAUCUGCAGUAUGAGGUGUCCAACUUUGCAAGAAAUGUAAGUUCUACUCUCUCUCUCUGUGUGUGUGAGUCCUUGUGUCUGUCCUACUACUGUGCCAUUAGUAGAAAUACCUUUAACAGAAAACCUUGCUGUAGAAAACCCUGCAGUAGAAACACCUUUAGGAGAAAACCCUGCAGUAGAAACACCUUUAGGAGAAAACCCUGCAGUAGAAACACCUUUAGGAGAAAACCCUGCAGUAGAAACACCUUUAAUACAAAACCCUGCAGUAGAAACACCUUUAGGAGAAAACCCUGCAGUAGAAACACCUUUAGGAGAAAACCCUGCAGUAGAAACACCUUUAGGAGAAAACCCUGCAGUAGAAACACCUUUAGGAGAAAACCCUGCAGUAGAAACACCUUUAGGAGAAAACCCUGCAGUAGAAACACCUUUAGGAGAAAACCCUGCAGUAGAAACACCAGGCUAUUCUCUGUGCUGUAUUGGUUGUCGUAACUAUUGAAUAUUAAUAUUACCUGCUACAGUUGGGACACAUCUGUAAUAUACCUUGUGUAUUUUAUGUUUGUUUUGAAGGGUGCCAUCAGCCAACACAAUAUGAGCUACUGGAAGGCCAGUCAGUACCUUGGAGUGGGCCCUGGUGAGUUAAUAGUGCUUUAUGAAUGCUUUAUGAAUGCUCUAUAAGACCUUUAUGAAUGCUCUAUAACAACUUUAUGAAUGCUGUAUAACACCUUUAUGAAUGCUCUAUAAAGCCUUUAUAAGUGGUUGUUUAUUUGAAGUGGGACUCUUCUGUCUGCCAGGAGCCCAUGGUCGCUUCGUCCCCCAUGGAGAGGGGGGUGUAUGUCGAGAGGCCCGUACCCAGACUCUGGAGCCUGAUGUCUGGGUGAGAGAGGUGCAGCAGAGGGGUCACGGGACUCGACGCAGGAUACCCCUCACCCACCUGGGACUGUGAGUCAACUACUUUCCGCUUCAGGCUGUUCACCUGCAGAGUUCACACCGUGCUGCUCGUUAAAGGGAUAAUCCACUCCAGAAUGAAACUAAUAAUCGAUGUUCUAUGAGUGGGUAAAAUAACUAUUUUCACCUUUGAUUUUACUUCUAAGUGGUCUGUCUGUACAAUCAGAAAAUUGUGUUGUGCCACGUAAUCGCGAUAAGGUUCUCGUCACAGGAAAUAAGGAAUAACAAACUAUCACAUUUCAUGAUGCCUGCUGGACUGUUCCUUUACACUGUACCCUGUCCUGUUUAGCCUCAGCCCAAACUUUAUCGCUAUUACCAGUUGUUGUCUUAGCUCUCUCUAAUAACACCUGUGAUUGCUUUAUGCCUCUCUCCCAUGUCAAUAUGCCUUGCCUAUUGCUGUUUGGGUUAGUUCUUAUUAUACAAUUUCACUGUAGAACCCCAAGUCCCUCUCAAACUGCCUCAAAUAGUUCCUUUGUUCCACCCCCCAUACACGCCGAGACCGGCUCAAUCGGUGCCUCCAGUGAUGCUAUCUCUUUCAUUGUUACCCAACGCUUAGGUUUACCUUAACUGUACUCAUAUCCUUCCAUAUCCUUUUCUGUACAUAAUGCCCUGAAUCUUUUCUACAAUGCCCGGAGAACUGCCCCCUUUAUUCUAUGUACCCAAUGCACUAGAAGACCAGUUCUUAAAGCCUUUAGUCGUAUCCUUAUUCUAGUACUCCUCUGUUCCUCUGGUGAUGUAGAGGCUAACCCAGGCCCUGCAGCCCCCAGUAUCACUCCUACUCCCCAGGAGCUUUCAUUUGUUGACUUCUGUAACCGUAAAAGCCUUGGUUUUCUGCACGUAAAUAUCAGAAGCCUCCUUCCUAAGUUUGAGUUAUUCACUGUGUUAGCACACUCCGCCAACCCUGAUGUUCUAGCAGUGUCUGAAUCCUGGCUUAGGAAGGCCACCAAAAAUUCUGAAAUUUCCAUCCCCAACUAUAACAUUUUCCGUCUAGAUAGAACUGCCAAAGGGGGUGGAGUUGCAAUCUACUGUAGAGAUAGCCUGCAGAGCUCUAUCAUACUAUCCAGGUCUGUGCCCAAACAGUUUGAGCUUCUACUUCUAAAAAUCCACCUUUACAGAAAUAAAUCUCUCACUGUUGCCGCUUGCUACAGACCCCCCUCAGCCCCCAGCUGUGCCCUGGACACCAUAUGUGAAUUGAUUGCCCCCCAUCUAUCCUCAGAGUUCGUACUGCUUGGUGACCUAAAUUGGGAAAUGCUUAACACCCCGGCCAUCCUACAAUCUAAACUAGAUGCCCUCAAUCUCACACAAAUUAUCAACGAACCUACCAGGUACAACCCUAAAUCCAUAAACAUGGGUACCCUCAUAGAUAUCAUCCUGACUAACUUACCCUCUAAAUACACCUCCACUGUCUUCAACCAGGAUCUGAGCGAUCACUGCCUUAUUGCCUGCGUCCGUAAUGGGUACGCGGUCAAACGACCACCCCUCAUCACUGUCAAACGCUCCCAAAAACACUUCAGCGAGCAGGCCUUCCUAAUUGACCUGGCCCAGGUAUCCUGGAUGGAUAUAGAUCUCAUUCCGUCAGUAGAGGAUGCCUGGUUGUUCUUUAAAAGUGCUUUCCUCUCAAUCUUAAAUAAGCAUGCCCCAUUCAACAAAUUCAGAACUAAGAACAGAUAUAGCCCCUGGUUCUCCUCAGACUUGACUGCCCUUGACCAGCACAAAAACAUCCUGUGGCGUACUGCAUUAGCAUCAAAUAGCCCCCGCGAUAUGCAACUUUUCAGGGAAGUUAGGAACCAAUAUACACAAGCAGUUAGGAAAGCAAAGGCUAACUUUUUCAAACAGAAAUUUGCAUCCUGUAGUACUAACUCCAAAAAGUUUUGGGACACUGUAAAGUCCAUGGAGAAUAAGAGCACUUCCUCCCAGUUGCCCACUGCACUGAGGCUAGGAAACACUAUCACCACCGAUAAAUCUACAAUAAUCGAGAAUUUCAACAAGCAUUUUGCUACGACUGGCCAUGCUUUCCACCUGGCUACCACUACCCCGGCCACCAGCUCUGCACCCUCCGCUGCAACUUGCCCAUGCCCCCCCCCCCCCGCUUCUCCUUCACACAAAUCCAGAAAGCUGAUGUUCUGAAAGAGCUGCAAAAUCUGGACCCCUACAAAUCAUCUGGGCUAGACAAUCUGGACCCUUUCUUUCUAAAACUAGCUGCCGAAAUUGUUGCAACCCCUAUUACUAGCCUGUUCAACCUCUUUCGUAACGUCUGAGAUCCCCAGAGACUGGAAAGCUGCCGCGGUCAUCCCCCUCUUCAAAGGGGGUGACACUCUAGAUCCAAACUGUUACAGACCCAUAUCCAUCCUGCCCUGCCUUUCGAAAGUUUUUGAAAGCCAAGUUAACAAACAGAUCACCGACCAUUUCGAAUCCCACCGUACCUUCUCCGCUAUGCAAUCCGGUUUCCGAGCUGGUCAUGGGUGCACUUCAGCCACGCUCAAGGUCCUAAACGAUAUUAUAACCGCGAUCGAUAAUAGACAGUACUGUGCAGCCGUCUUCAUCGACCUGGCCAAGGCUUUCGACUCUGUCAACCACCGCAUUCUUAUUGGCAGACUAAAUAGCCUUGGUUUCUCAAAUGACUGCCUCGCCUGGUUCACCAACUACUUCUCAGAUAGAGUUCAAUGUGUCAAAUCGGAGGGCCUGUUGUCUGGACCUAUGGCAGUCUCUAUGGGGGUGCCACAGGGUUCAAUUCUUGGGUCGACUCUUUUCUCUGUGUAUAUCAAUGAUGUCGCUCUUGCUGCUGGUGACUCUCAGAUCCACCUCUACGCAGACGACACCAUUUUGUAUACAUCUGGCCCUUCAUUGGACACUGUGUUAACAAACCUCCAAACGAGCUUCAAUGCCAUACAACACUCCUUCAGUAGCCUCCAACUGCUCUUAAACACUAGUAAAACUAAAUGCAUGCUCUUCAACCGAACGCUGCUUGCACCCGCCCACCCGACUAGAAUCACUACUCUCAACGGGUCUGACCUAGAGUAUGUGGACAACUACAAAUACCUAGGUGUCUGGUUAGACUGUAAACUCUCCUUCCAGACUCACAUUAAGAAUUUCCAAUCCAAAGUUAAAUCUAGAAUCGGUUUCCUAUUUCGCAACAAAGCCUCCUUCACUCAUGCUGCCAAACAUGCCCUCGUAAAACUGACUAUCCUACCGAUCCUUGACUUCGGCGAUGUCAUUUACAAAAUAGCCUCCAACACUCUACUCAGCAAAUAAAUAAAAAAACAAAGCCCCAUAUACUACCCACCACUGUGACCUGUACGCUAUUGUUGGCUGGUCCUCACUACAUAUUCGUUGGCAAACCCACUGGCUCCAGGCCAUCUAUAAAUCACUGCUAGGCAAAUCCCCGCCUUAUCUUAGCUCAUUGGUCACCAUAGCAACACCCACCCGUAGUAUGCGCUCCAGCAGGUAUAUCUCACUGGUCAUCCCCAAAGCCAACACCUCCUUUGGCCGCCAUUCCUUCCAGUUCUCUGCUGCCAAUGACUGGAACAAAUUGCAAAAAUCUCUGAAGCUGGAGACUCUUAUCUCCCUCACUAACUUUAAGCAUCAGUUGUCAGAGCACCUUACCGAUCACUGCACCUGUACACAGCCCAUCUGAAAUUAGCCCGCCCAACUACCUCAUCCCUAUAUUGUUAUUUAUUUUGCUCAUUUGUACCCCAGUAUCUCUAUUUGCACAUCAUCUCUUGCACAUCUAUCAUUCCAGUGUUAAUACUAAUUGUAAUUAUUUUGCACUAUAGCCUAUUUAUUGCCUUACCUCCAUAACUUGCUACAUUUGCACACACUGUAUAUAUAUCUUUCUGUUGUAUUUUUGACUUUAUGUUUUGUUUUACCCCAUAUGUAACUCUGUGUUGUUGUUUUUAUCGCACUGCUUUGCUUUAUCUUGGCCAGGUCGCAGUUGUAAAUGAGAACUUGUUCUCAACUGGCUUACCUGGUUAAAUAAAGGUGAAAUAAAAUAAAAUAAAAUAACGCUGUAAGUCCCAUAUCAGCCAAUAGACGGUAUGAACAUACUGGUUGACUGUGAGUCAGCUGAUCUACUGUCUGCUUCAGACUGUUCACCUGCAGAGUUCAUACGGUGCUGCACGUUAAUGGUCUACUUUCAAUAAAACUGUUCACCUGCAGAGUUCAUACGGUGCUGCACGUUAAUAGCAUACUUCCAACAAUACUCCAGACUCACUCAUAGCAUGGGAUUUGUACAUCAAGCGCUCACGCUACAGAAACAGGAAAUCCUGCCCUAUGGGCCAUUCUGGCUUGGACAAGGCUUCCUUACUCACAGCAUGGCAGAUAUACUGUAGCAACUUGUUCACUUUAUUAUUCUGAUUGCAGAUUGGAGGAAGUGUUGGUCAUGGGACUGCGUUUGAUUGACGGCAUCACUCACCAGGUAAUCUUGGUUAACCCAGAACAUUGACGGCAUCACUCACCAGGUAAUCUUGGUUAACCCAGAACAUUGACGGCAUCACUCACCAGGUAAUCUUGGUUAACCCAGAACAUUGACAGCAUCACUCACCAGGUAAUCCUGGUUAUCCCAGAACAAAAGUCUCACAUCAUUUGGUCAGAUUAUGUUUACAUAGUCUGUCCACAUACUAAACAGUAUAUACACACAGUAGAUGCUAUAACAAGAGGAUGUUUCAAUUGUUUCUAGAUUCAUUGUUUGUGUCAAUAGGGUCCAUCAUCAAUGGACAAAAACAUGUUCUAACCGUACGUUGUGUUCAGUAUGUUGCACACCACUAUUCUGAUUCACCUUUCUUUCUGUCUACAUCUGGGUUUAUGUUUCUGAUUCAUGGUAUUUCUGCGGCAGCAUUGGCAGUUGUUCAGUCCCAGGGCAGAUCUACACCAGAUUCUCAGCUCAUCCUCUGAAGUACAAGACCUUCAACAGACAGGCCUUCUAAUCCUGGAUGACAGGUAACCCAGACUUUCAACAGACAGGCCUUCUAAUCCUGGAUGACAGGUAACCCAGACCUUCAACAGACAGGCCUUCUAAUCCUGGAUGACAGGUAACCCAGACUUUCAACAGACAGGCCUUCUAAUCCUGGAUGACAGGUAACCCAGACCUUCAACAGACAGGCCUUCUAAUCCUGGAUGACAGGUAACCCAGACCUUCAACAGACUGGCCUUCUAAUCCUGGAUGACAGGUAACACAGACCUUCAACAGAUAGGCCUUCUAAUCCUGGAUGACAGGUAACACAUACCUUCAACAGACAGGCCUUCUAAUCCUGGAUGACAGGUAACCAAUGGUAACCUGUUUAUCCUGUUCUGUCAUACAGUGAGGGGAAAAAGUAUUUGAUCCCCUGCUGAUUUUGUAUGUUUGCCCACUGACAAAGACAUGAUCAGUCUAUAACUUUUAAUGGUAGGUUUAUUUGAACAGUGAGAGACAGAAUAACAACAACAAAAAAUCCAGAAAAACGCAUGUCAAAAAUGUUAUAAAUUGAUUUGCAUUUUAAUGAGGGAAAUAAGUAUUUGACCCCUCUCAAUCAGAAAGAUUUCUGGCUCCCAGGUGUCUGUUAUACAGGUAACGAGCUGAGAUUAGGAGUGCUCCUAAUCUCAGUUUGAUACCUGUAUAAAAGACACCUCAAAAAGCCUCGAAACCUUAAUGACUUUGAGAAGAUCUGCAAAGAGGAGUGGAACAAAAUCCCUCCUGAGAUGUGUGCAAACCUUGUGGCCAACUACAAGAAACGUCUGACCUCUGUGAUCGCCAACAAGGGUUUUGCCACCAAGUACUAAGUCAUGUUUUGCAGAGGGAUCAAAUACUUUUUUCCCUCACUGUAUUUACUUUUUAUUAUAUUAUUGAAGGAGCUCAGAAAAUUCUCUCUUCAGUUUAUUGGGAAGUAUACAAUAGUUGGUCCCACUUUAAACAAACUACAAUUCAUAAAGCCUUUUUUAUAGAGCAUUCACAAAGAGUUUGAGGGCUUCAUUAAGAAUGAUAACUUGUGGUCUGUUUAAAGUGGGACCCAGUGGUUGUAUCUCCAUGUCUGUUUGAGUCUCUAAGUAACACAGGGUUUCCCCCCCCCACUAUACAGCUGAUUCAAAUAACCAACUCAUCAUCAAGCUUUGAUUAUUUGAAUCAGCUGUGUAGUGCUAGGGCACAAACCAAAACGUGCACCCCUUGGGGUCCCCAGGACAGAGUUUGGGAAACACUGACAACCCCUUUUUGUCUUCUGUGUAGGGGUCUGCGGUGCUCGUGGCAGGGUCUGGCCUUAAUGGACAGCAUGUUACCCACCCUGCUACUGGAGCUGGAGGCCCACAUCACCCAGGGGCUCCAGCAGCAGGCCAGGGUGUCUGGAGGCCCACAUCACCCAGGGGCUCCAGCAGCAGGCCAGGGUGUCUGGAGACCCACAUCACCCAGGGGCUCCAGCAGCAGGCCAGGGUGUCCAGCGUAGGAGACCAGAGAGAUGGAGGACGGAGAGUCUCCAAGCCUGGCUGACAGAGAGGGGGGAGAGAGAGAGAUCCUGGAGAGUUACCUGGAAGCCACUAUGAGACUGGAGCGUAUUGUUGAAGCCUGGAGACAGCACCACAACACUGUAGACUGGAGCGUAUUGUUGAAGCCUGGAGACAGCACCACAACACUGUAGACUGGAGUGUAUUGUUGAAGCCUGGAGACAGCACCACAACACUGUAGACUGGAGUGUAUUGUUGAAGCCUGGAGACAGCACCACAACACUGUAGACUGGAGCGUAUUGUUGAAGCCUGGAGACAGCACCACAACACUGUAGACUGGAGCGUAUUGUUGAAGCCUGGAGACAGCACCACAACACUGUAGACUGGAGCGUAUUGUUGAAGCCUGAAGACAGCACCACAACACUGUAGACUGGAGCGUAUUGUUGAAGCCUGAAGACAGCACCACAACACUGUAGACUGGAGCGUAUUGUUGAAGCCUGAAGACAGUACCACAACAUAGGGAAAAGGAUGCCAUUUGGAAUGCACACAAUAUCAGCUGUGUCUAUGUAGUGUGGGUUGCCGUCUCUCCAUGUCUCCGUCUCUCCAUGUCUCCGUCUCUGUCUCUCCAUAUCUCCGUCUCUCCAUGUCUCCGUCUCUCCAUGUCUCCGUCUCUCCAUGUCUCUGUCUCUCACCAUGUCUCCCGUCUCUUCUCCAUGUCUCCUGUCUCCUCCAGUAAGCUCUAGAACACGUUUCGCCCACCACUUAGCUGUCACCACCCACAAGUUUUGUGCUGUUGUUAGGGGUUGCGUGCUCGGGAGGUCUGGCCUAAUGACAGCAUGCACCCCCCAUUUCUCAAGCCAUCCCGUCUCCUCGUUCCCACUCGCCGCUCGUUCCCAUCCGCUCCAUCGUCCUCAGUGUCCAGCGUCCUCCGUCCGCCUCAUGUCCAGCCCGCAUCGUUCCCAUGUCCCAGUCUUGUCUGCGCCCCAACUGUACUCAGCUUGUUGCCUGUCGCCUCCAGUCUCGUCUCUAUGUUUGUAGCUCACAUGCGCUCCAUGUCCGUCUUAUGUCGCCUCAUGUCCCCCUCCUGUCUACCGUCAUCUGCUUCCAUGUUCGCCCCAUUCUCGUCUCUCCUGUCUGCCUCCAGUCUCCGUCUCUAUGUCUCUGACUCUCCAUCCUGCUCCAGGCUCCAGCGUUCGAGUCCGCUCCAGUCUCUGCUCGGCCAUGUCGUCUGGCCCCAAUCUCGUCUCUGCAUGCCGUUCUCUCAUGUGCCGCUCUCCAUGUCCUGGUCUCUCCAAUGCUCGCUCCUCGUAGCGAUGUCUUCCUAGUCCUUCUCCAUGUCUGCGUCUACCAUGGUUCGCUCCCAUUCCUGUCUACUGUCGUUCUGUGAAUGCUCUGUCUCUCCAUGUUCCGUCUCGCCAUGUUGCCGUCCAUGCUCGCCCACCGUCUGCGUCAUGUCUCUGCUCUCCAUGUCUCCCCAUGUCUCGUCUCUAUGUCCUGGAUCUCUCCAUAUCUUCGGCUCAUGUUCCUGUCUACAUGUCUUCCCAUGUCUCGUCUCUUCAUGUCUCCAUUCUCUGUCUCUCCAUGUCUCUUCUCCAUGUCUCUGUCUCUCCAUGUCUCGUCUCUCCAUGUCUCCGUCUCUCUCAUGUCUCUGUCUCUCCAUGUCUCCGUCUCUCCAUGUCUCCGUCUCUCCAUGUCUGUCUCUCAGUCUCGUCUCUCCAUGUCUCCGUCUCUGUCUCUCCAUGUCUCGUCUCUCCAUGUCUCGUCUCUCCAUGUCUCUGUCUCUCCAUGUCUCCGUCUCUCCAUGUCUCUGUCUCUCCAUGUCUCUCGUCUCUCCAUGUCUCUGUCUCUCCAUGUCUCCGUCCCGUCUCUCCAUGUCUCUCCGUCUCUCCAUGUCUCCGUCUCAGUCUCGUCUCUCCAUUCUCCGUCUCUCCAUGUCUCUGUCUCUCCAGUCUCUGUCUCUCCAUGUCUCUGUCUCUCCAUGUCUCUGUCUCUCCAUGUCCUCUCGUCUCUCUCCAUGUCUCGUCUCUCCAUGUCUCCGUCUCUCCAUGUCUCUGUCUCUCCAUGUCUCUGUCUCUCCAUGUCUCGCAUCUCUCCAUGUCUCUGUCUCUCCAUGUCCUCUGUCUCGUCUCUCCAUGUCUCCGUCUCUCUCAUGUCUCGUCUCCCAUGUCCGUCUCUCCAGUCGUCUCUGUCUCUCCAUGUCUUCCGUCUCUCCCAUGUCUCGUCUCUCCAUGUCUCCUCGUCUCUGUCUCUCCAUUCUCUGUCUCUCAGCCGUCCUCCAUGUCUCCGUCUCUCCAUGUCUCCGUCCUCCGUCUCUCCAUGUCUCUGUCUCUCCAUCAUGUCUCUGCUUCUCCAUGUCUCGUCUCCAUGUCUCGUCUCUCCAUGUCCUCUGUCUCUCCAUGUCUCCGUCUCUCCAUGUCUCCGUCUCUCCAUGUCUCCGUCUCUCCAUUCUCCGUCCCCAUGUCCGUCUCUCCAUGUCUCCGUCUCUCCAUGUCUGUCUCCUGUCUCUCUCAAUGUCCUCUGUCUUCUCCAUGUCUCCGUCUCUCCAUGUUCCUUCUCUCCAUGUCCGUCUCCUGUCCUCUCCCAUUGUCUCUCGUCUCUCCAUGUCUCCGUUCUCUGUCUCUCCAUGUCUCUUCCGUCUCAUGCUCCUCCCAUGUCUCCGUCUCUCCAUGUCUCGUCUCUCCAUCUCGUCUCUCGUCUCUCUCUCCAUGUCUCCGUCUCUCCAUGUCUCUUCGUCUCUCCGGUCUCGUCUCUCCAUGUCGUCUCUGUCUCUCCAUGUCUCUGUCUCUCCAUGUCUCGUUCCUCCAUCUCGUCCCCUGUCUGUCUCUCCAUCUCGUCCCUCUCCGUCUCCCGUCCAUGUCUCUCAUUCCGUCUCUCCAUGUCUCCGUCUCUCCAUGUCUCUGUCUCUCCAUGUCUCCGUCUCUCCAUGUCUCCGUCUCUCCAUGUCUCUGUCUCUCCAUGUCUCCGUCUCGUCUCCAUUCUCUCCAUUCUCUGUCUCUCCAUCGUCUCUGUCUCCCAUGUCUCCGUCUCUCCAUGUCCGUCUCUGUCCUCUCCAUGUUCUCGUCUCUCUUCUCAUGUGUCUCAUGUCCUUCUCCAUUGUCUCCUGUCUCUUCCAUGUCUCUCUCUCCAUGUCUCCAUGUCUCUCUCAUGUCUCGUCUCUCCAUGCUCUCUCUUCUCUCCAUGUCUCGUCUCUCAUUCUCUGUCCUCCUCCAUGUCUCCGUCUCUCCAUGUCUCGUCUCUCCAUUCUCUCGUCUCUUCUCCAUGUCUCUGUCUCUCCAUGUCUCGUCUAGUCUGCUUCCAUGUCUCGUCUGCUCAUCCGUUCCAUGUCUCUGUCUCUCUCAUGUCUCUGUCCUCUCCAUGUCUCCGUCUGUCCCUCUUCCAUGUCUCUGUCUCUCCAUGUCUCCGUCUCUCCGUUCCGUCUCUCCAUGUCUCGUCUCUCCAUGUCUCCGUCUCUCCAUGUCUCUGUCUCUCCAUGUCUCCGUCUCUCCAUGUCUCUGUCUCUCCAUGUCUCUGUCUCUCCAUGUCUCUGUCUCUCCAUGUCUCUGUCUCUCCAUGUCUCUGUCUCUCCAUGUCUCCGUCUCUCCAUGUCUCCGUCUCUCCAUGUCUCCUCGUCUCCAUUCCGUCUCCGUCUCGUCUCUCCAUGUCUCCUGUCUCUCCAUGUCUCUGUCUCUCCAUGUCUCCUGUCUCUGUCUCUCAUGUCUCUGUCCUCUCCAUGUCUCCGUCUCCUGUCUCCGUCUCUCCAUGUCUCCGUCUCUCCAUGUCUCCGUCUCUCCAUGUCUCGUCUCUCCAUGUCUCUGUGUCUCGUCUCCCAUGUCUCCGUCUCUCCAUGUCUCCGUCUCUCCUGUCUCUCUGUCUCUCCAUGUCUCUGUCUCUCCAUGUCUCCGUCUCUCCAUGUUCCGUCUCUCCAGUCUCGUCUCUCCAUGUCUCGUCUCUCCAUGUCUCUCUCUCCAUGUCUCGUCUCUCCAUGUCUCCGUCUCUUCUCUCCAUGUCUCUUCUCUCUCUCUGUCUCUCGUCUCUCCAUGUCUCGUCUCUCCAUGUCUCUGUCUCUCCAUGUCUCUGUCUCUCCAUGUCUCUGUCUCUCCAUGUCUCUCCGUCUCUCCUUCUCAUGUCUCCUCCUCCGUUCUCCGUCCUCUCCAUGUCUCUCCGUCUCUCCAGUCUCUGUCUCUCCAUGUCCGUCUCGUCUCGUCUCUCCAUGUCUCUGUCUCUCCAUGUCUGUCUCCCUUGUCUCUCUCCAUGUCUCUGCUCUCUCCAUGUCUCCUGUCUCUCCAUGUCUCCGUCUCUGUCCUCUCUCAUUCUCCGUCUCUCUCCAUGUCUCGUCUCUCCAUGUCUCCGUCUCUCCAUGUUCUCUCUCAUGUCCGUCUCCAUGUCUCCGUCUCUCCAUGUCUCGCUCCGUGCUGCUCCCAUGUCUCUGUCUCUCCAUGUCUCCGUCUCCAUGUCUCGUCUCUCCAUGCCGUCUCUCCAUGUCUCUCUCUCCAUGUCUCGUUCCUCUCCAUGUCUCGUCUCUCCAUGUCUCCGUCUCUCCAUGUCUCUCUGUCUCUCCAUGCUGCUCUCUCUCCAUGUCUCGUUCUCCAUGUCUCUGUCUCUCCAUGUCUCUGUCUCUCCAUUCUCUGUCUCUCCAUGUCUGUCUCUCCAUGUCUCCGUCUCUCCAUGUCUCCAGUCUCUCCAUGUCUCGUCUCUCCAUGUCUCUGUUCUCUCCAUGUCUCCGUAUCUCCAUGUCUCCGUCUCAUCCUGUCUCCUGUCUCUGUCUCUCCAUUCUCGUGUUCUCUCUCCAUGUCUCUGUCUCUCCAUGUCUCCGUCUCUCCGCUGUCUCCAUGUCUCGUCCUCCAGUCUCUGUCUCUCCAUGUCUCUGUCUCUCCAUGUCUUCUCUCUCCGUCUGUCCUCCAUGUCCUCUCUCCGUCUCUCUCUCCAUGUCUCCGUCUCUCCAUGUCUCCUGUCUUCUCCAUGUCUCCGUCAUCUCCAUGUCUCCAUCUUGCUCCUGUUCGUCUCUCCAUGUCUCUGCUCCAGCUCUGUUCUCCAUGUCUCCGUCUCUGCUCCUGUCUCCCAUGUCUCCUGUCUCCUCCAUGUCUCUGUCUCUCCAUGUCUCCGUCUCUCCAUGUCUCCGUCUCUCCAUUCUCUGUCUCUCCUGUCCUCCGUAUCUCCAGUCCUCUCCUCCGUCUCUCCAGUUGUCUCUCUGUCUCUCCAUCCUGCUUCUCCAUGUUCUCUCCGUUCUCUUCCAUGUCUCCGUCUCUUCCAUGUCUCCGUCCCAUGUCUCCGUCUCUCUGUCUCUCUCUCCAUGUCUCCGUAUCUCCAUGUCUCCUCCCGUCCUCUCUCAUGUCUCGUCUCUCCAUGUCUCUGUCUCUCCAUGUCUCCGUCUCUCCAUGUCUCCGUCUCUCCAUGUCUCUCUCUCCAUGUCUCUUCCUGUCUCUUCCAUGUCUCUCUCCCGUCUCUCCAUGUCUCGUCUCUCCAUGUCUCCAUCUCUCCAUGUCUCUGUCUCCAGUCUCUGUCUCCCGUCUCUCCAUUUCUCGUCUCUCCAUGUUCCGUCUCCUGUCUCUGUCUCUCCAUAGUCUCGUCUCUCCAUGUCUCCGUCUUCUCCAUGUCUCCUCUCUCCAUGUCUCUGUCUCUCCAUGUCUCAUCCUGUCUCCUCCAUGUCUCCUGUCUCUCCAUGUCUGUCUCUCCAUGUCUCCGUCUCUCCAUGUCUCCGUCUCUCCAUGUCUCCGUCUCUCCAUGUCUCUGUCUCUCCAUGUCUCUGUCUCUCCAUGUCUCCGUCUCUCCAUGUCUCCGUCUCUCCAUGUCUCUGUCUCUCCAUGUCUCCGUCUCUCCAUGUCUCUGUCUCUCCAUGUCUCUGUCUCUCCAUGUCUCCGUCUCUGUCUCUCCAUAUCUCCGUCUCUCCAUAUCUCUGUCUCUCCAUCUCGUCUCCCGUCUCUCUCUCCAUGUUCUCUCUCCAUGUCCGUCUCUCCAUAUCUCUCGUCUCCCCAUGUCCUCUGUCUCUCCAUGUCUCCAUGUCUCUCUCCAUCUGUCUUCCUGUCUCUGUCUCCAUGUUGUCUCCAGUCUCUUCUGUCUCUCCAUAUCUCUGUCUCUCCAAUGUUCUCCAGUCUCUCCUCCAUGUCUCUGUCUCUCCAUGUCUCUGUCUCUCCAUGUCUCUGUCUCUCCAUAUCUCUCUGUCUCUCCAUGUGUUCUGUCUCUCCUCCAUGUCUCUGUCUCUCCAUGUCUCUGUCUCUCCAUGGCUCCUGCUCGUCUCUCCAUGUCUCUGUCUCUCCAUUCCUCCGUGCUUCUCCAUGUCUCUGUCUCUCCAUUGUCUCCAUGUCUCUCUCCAUGUCCUCUCUCCAUGUCUCCGUCUCCAUGUCUCUGUCUCUCCAUGUCUCCGUAUCUCCAUGUCUCCGUCUCUCCUGUCUCUGUCUCUCCAUGUCUCCGUCUCUCAUGUCUCCUCUCUGUCUGUCCUCCAUGUCUCCGUCUCUCUCCUUCUCAUGCUCCUCUCUCCAUGUCUCUUCCAUGUCUCUGUCUCUCCAUGUCUCCAUGUAAGGACAUUAAUGUAAUUUGAUGUAGCUAUCAUUUUAAAUGGAGCAUGUGGGAAUUAGAUCUCUCUGCUUCUCUGCCUAUUACUCCAAACUCAUGUUUUCCACUUUUGUGUUUCUCUGACGAUUUCAAGGCCCUUUGUUUACCUGUAUAGAGAAGGAGAGAAGGCGGCCAUUAUAAAAAGAGUCCUUUGUGAAAUUCAUCGAGUCCAGGGUCUUUUCAGCUCUUCAUGUGAAGCCAGAUCACGUGCUGUAUAGUGCAGUGUAAGUCGGUCACAUAUGGCACCCUAUUCCCUAUGUAGUGCACUACUUUUGACCAGGGCCCAUAGGGUUCUGGUUUAAAGUAGUGCACUAUGUAGGGAAUAGGGUGCCAUUUAGGAGCCCUCCUUGGUAUCGUUAUGCCUAUGUUAGUGUUGUUUUGCUGCUCUGUUCUUCAGAGAUAUUUGUAUGAAUGAUUAGCAGUAAUGUGAGUGGAUGUUUAACAGUACUGACAGUGCUGGGUAAUGUUCACCACUCCUACAAGGUGCUGCUGAGUUUUUGCAUUUCAACAGCUAAGGCACAUGUGGAGCAUCUGCACGUGCGGUCAAAUCUGGAGGCUGUUGACAAGGACCCAAUGAAUACA